AUGGCACCUCUAGAAAAUCGGAUGGGCUUCCUGGCUGGGGCCCUUGUGGGCUUCGCCGCCAGCACCUACUAUUGGUUGCGGACUCGGAGGAGGCAACACUCUGAGGGUUUAGGGUCCUUCGAGGUGCUCCCGUGUCUGCGCGCCCGGCGGUCCGUGAUGGCCCAUGACUUCGUGGCGGGGCGCGUCGACGCUGCGGUGGUGACGUGCCUGCUGGAGGCCGCCAUGUGGGCCCCUUAUCAUGGGCCCAGGGCGCCUUGGCGAUUCGUUGUGCUGGGAAGGGGAGCCAUGGUGGAAAUGCAGAAGCUCACCCUCGAGUUCUACGACCGCAACUGGCAGUCGACGGGCUGGGGGGCGGGCACGCGCGGGUCGGAGGCGGAGUACCAGAAGUGGCGGUCCCAGACGGAGGAGGCGAUCACUGGACGCUGGGGCCCCGUUUCUUUCAUGAUCGCCAUCGUCAUGCAGCGGCAGGCGCACCCGGAGAAGCGCAUGCCCGAGUGGGAAGAGGCGGCUGCAACAGCCUGUGCCGUUCAAAACAUGCACAUCCAAGCCUCAUCCUUUCCCGGCCUGGCCUGCUACUGGAGCUCUUGGCAUGCUUCAGCCCGCGACAGCCUCGAGAUGCGGAACUUCCUCGGAAUGCAGGCUGAAGACAGGUGCCUGGGUUUUUUCAUGGUCGCCUCGUGUAGACGAGACCUCCCAGACCGCCGCCGCCGGAAGUUGGAGGACUGCGCCAUCGAGUGGCGGCUGUGA